ACCCUACAAGUUGAGGAGAGACUUCAUUCCCACUUAUUACCCAUUUACCACUCAAUCUCUCUCUCUCUCUCUCUCUCUCUCUCUCUGAGUUUGUAGGCCUGGAAGGAACUGAACUGCUCCCCCUUUCUCCGGAAAAAAUUUCUAGCAAUCUCUCAAAAUGUUCCCAUAAAACAAAGUAAUGAACAAAAGCCACCCCACAUCAUAAUCUCUUUCAAAGGGUUUCUAGUAUUGAUCAAACAACUAUUCAAAAGAAACCUCGGAAGAGUGGUAUAUAUAGCAGAAAGAAAAAAGAAACAGGUUAUAUCUAAUACAUAGCUAUAGCUAGCUAGUUAACCCUGCUCCUCUUUUCUCACCUGAUCUAUCUAUAUAAAAUCCUCAUCCUCAUUCCUCAACCAUAUGAUUGAAACCGCAGCUCAAUUGAGCAUCUAGCUAGCUAAGUGAUCUACAUGUUCUUUGAUUUCUUCUAGUUACCCAUCCAUGGAUUCACUUCAAGAAUUUGACCCUUCCAACCCAUCAAAUACUUCAAGCAUUAACAUCAACAUCAACACUACCAUCGCUACCAACUCAUCCUCCUCCUCAUCGUCAUCAUGCGCCACCCUCAGCCGCUAUGAGAACCAAAAGCGGCGAGACUGGAACACCUUUGGGCAAUACCUCCGUAACCACAGGCCGCCACUGUCCCUCUCGCGGUGCAGUGGGGCCCACGUGCUUGAGUUCCUCAGGUACCUGGACCAGUUUGGGAAGACCAAGGUGCACAUCCAGCUGUGUCCCUUCUUCGGGAACCCUAACCCUCCUGCACCGUGCCCCUGCCCUCUGCGGCAAGCUUGGGGAAGCCUCGACGCCCUCAUCGGCCGCCUCAGAGCCGCCUUUGAAGAGCACGGCGGGAAGCCUGAGGCAAACCCUUUUGGGGCUCGGGCUGUGAGGCUUUAUCUGCGUGAGGUUCGAGAUUCUCAGGCCAAAGCCAGAGGAAUUAGCUACGAAAAGAAGAAGCGGAAGCGCCCACCAGAGAGUAGCACCAGUAGUACUAAUAGUACUGCUAGUACUGUUCUUCCAGUUCAAGCAAUACUGCCCCCUGCUCCUCCCAGUGCAAGCUAAUAACAGGCGGAACAACUUAUGUACAAGUAUCAACAACUGGGUGUAUGCUCUUUCGCUCUGCCUCUGUUGUCUUGUGAUAUCACAGAUGAGUUUAUGUUGUCAUCUUUUGCAUUUUUAAGUUUAUAUAUCUACACUCAGGGUUUUUUUUUUUCUUCAGAAACAUGCUUAAUUGGAGUUUCAGAUAUUGAAAAAUUGAAUUGAUAAGCAAACAGGAGUUGCACUGUAUGCUGGGAGUAAUGAAUAUUAUAUAUAUGUACUAGUUCUAGUUGCACGUAGGAGAGGGUUUUUUGUGACUUAGCAUAAAAUAUGUCAUAGAUAUGUACUAUAAAAGGUCAAUUGGUGAGAAGUAAUAGAUUUGCAGAUCAUGUUCUAUGUCUCCUUUUGAAAAUUUUCAUAUUUUUAAUGCGUGUUAGCAAAUCAUUGAGGAGUUUGGUGGGUAUGACUUUUCAGGAGGUCGAUCCUUUGUCGGAUUUGUCUAGCACAAUGUAUAUACAGUCUCUACUUUACAUAUAGAGGUCAAUAUUUCUUCUUUAAUUUGUUUCCUCCAUUAGAUUGGAUUGUUAGCUUUUCGAUCAUCACUGUGGAAGUGGAAGCAGUAGAGUGGAGAGAGAACAAACCCUUUCAAUUACAAAUGCAAAUAUGCAAUCGGUGCAUGAUGAAGUUUCUGGAAGUAUAGUUUAUGAAUGUUUUAUACUCAUUCACAAUAUAUAUGCAUGUGGGAAGAUAUAUGGGACUUUGCCAAUAUGAGCUGUGCUUCAUUUAUUAUGCAAAUAUCCACAACCCAUUUGUCGAAUGCGUCAUAUCACUCCUUGAUGUUUGUUACCAAAAGAGGAGAAAUACAUUAAAGAAGUGAAGUAUUAUAAUCUUUUCAUAAUCAAUAUCAAGCUAGCUAGUCCAUUUAAAAUAUUAAAUAUCCCAUGCAUUCAAGUCAAUCGAAGGUGUUAA